AUGGAAAACGGGAGCAAGCUGGACAAGCCCAGCCGUGUGUUGCAGGCACGUGGAGAGGCCGUCCUGGGCCUGACCAAGUACAAGAUGGUUUCAGUCUUCCUGGUGCUCCUGGCGUGUGUGACGGGCAUCGUGGGAAACACCACAGUGGUCCUGGUGGCGCUGACUGCUCGCGACAUGCACACCCCCACCAACUGCUACCGGGUCAGCCUGACCCUGGCUGAGCUCACCGUGCUGGUGGCCGCAGGGCUGCCCAACGUCUCUGACAGCCUGGCUGGGCAGUGGAUCUACAGGCACGCCGGCUGCCUGGGCAUCACUUACUUGCAGUACCUGGGCAUCAAUGUCUCCUCCUGCUCCAUCCUGGCGUUCACCAUGGAGAGGUACGUCGCCAUCUGCCACCCAGUGCCGCAGACCGUGUGCACCGUGGCCCGGGCCAAGCGGAUCAUUGCGGCGGUCUGGGGGAUCAUGUCCGUCUACUGCCGGCUCUGCUUCUUCCUGGUGGACCUGCGCGUCAGCGAGAGACAGGGCCCGCAGUGCGGCUACAGAGUGUCCCGCCACCUCUACCUGCCCAUCUACCUGUUGGACUUCACCCUGUUCUUCGCCACACCCCUGCUGGUGGCCUCUGCCCUCUACGGGCUCAUCGGGAGAGUCUUGUUCCGGAGCGCACUGCCCCACCCGCCCCACCCCGGGGCUGGGCGCGGUGAGGCCUGGCAGGAGCAGGGAACCCAAGAGAAGCAGGCCCGGGGGCCAGGUGGGAGCCCCAGGUCUUCCAGAAAGCAGGUCACCAAGAUGCCGGUGGCGGUCGUGUUGCUAUUCGUGCCCUACCGCACGCUGGUGCUGCUCAGCUCCCUGGUGGCCCAGCCCUUCCUGGAGCCCUGGUCCCUCUUCUGCCGCACCUGCGUCUACACCACCGGUGCCGUCAACCCCACCGUCUACAGCCUCAUGUCCCAGAAGUGCCAGGACGCCUUUCGGCGCCUGUGCUGCUCUCUGUCGGGAGAGAGACAGGGGCGUGCGGCCUGCCACACUGCCACCAGCUGCAGUGCGGCCCAAGAGACCCCCCGAAGACGCAGGCAGACAGGAGCCAGGGCUGGGGUCCUCAGGCUGCAGGGUCCCCGCCCCCCCGCCCCCAGCAGCAGGAGCCCUCGGAACAAGGGCCAUAGGGUGGCCUGGGUCCGGGUGCUUGAAGUUCAAGUCUGGACUCCAUGUGGGAAUCCCUCACCUCCUUGGGAAGCAGGGGAGGAGAGGAGCAGGAAGGAGAGGCUGGAGGACCUGGAGGACCACCAGCCUUCAUCGUGGUCUCCUGGGGACUGCGUCAGAAAUGCAGAGUGCCGGCUGGGGCGCCGAGGCCUGGGCGUCUGUGACAGACGGGUGAGGAGCUGCUCGGUGGCACCUGCGGUGAGCCACAAGCACCGUGAGGUAGAAGGCUGGGGCAAGGAGCUCUGCGUUAAGAAGCAUGCGGGACGUGUGCUGAGCUCUGAUUUCUGCAUGAAAAUCAUUCUGCUACAGCUCGGAUGUGCACUGUCCCCGUGUCACCCACCAGAGGAGCGCGGGCUCAGCGUCAGGCCUCAGUCCCCGGACGGCGUGUGUCUGGAACGCACCCAGAACAUGCGCCCCGAGAGUGCGGGGGGUGAGAGCCCCCAGGGCCGGGUGUGA